AUUUUUUGGGAGCUCGAGUGCCGGGAGCUCUCCGGGAGGGAGUCUCGACACGCUUGCAUAGGCCUGCAAUUGCCGUUGGAAACAGCCGCACACGACACGCAACGCGGAUUGAGCUGCGAGAGGCGUGCUGCAUCGCUGGCACAAGGCAACCCCAAAUCGAGAAAAAAAAGAAGCAGCGGCGGAGCGAUGCCGGACUCCGACCGGCCCUCGCUCGAAGCACAGAUUGAUGACGACGAGGCCUGGCUCGCGGCCAACGACGACGACGACUGGGACGCGCCCGCGGCGCCGCCCGCGCCCGCCGCCGCCCCGGAGCCGGCGCCCGCUGCAGAGGCAGCGCCGGCGCCGGCCGCCGAGCCGCCACAGGAGAGCACGACGGAGGCGCAGCGCACGGUCGACACGACGCUCGCCGCGGCCCAGGUCUGCGUCUACGACCUCGAGGGCGAUUCCUGGCGGCCGCUCGCGGGUGGGCGGUGGGUCGAUCUCUGUCUAGUAGAAGAGCGAGAUUCUGGGCAACUGAGGGUGGCGGCGCCGGACCCGGAAGGAGAUGAACUGGCCGUCGCGUUCGAUCUAGAAAGGGACGCGACGCUAGCGUUGCACGAGGUCCAAGGCAAGCCGUCGUCCUUCGCGGAACUCGCGCGAGGGUCGGCGACGGACGACGCCGUGCUCGGGUUGAGGUUCGUGGACGCGACGGCAGCCCAAGCUUUUGACCGAGCUCUCCAGAGCGCUCUGAGACGAGUGUCGUCGUGCGCGCCGCCCCAAGAGCUGCUCGACGGCGUCGAACCGAGAACCUCCUUCGACACGGCCCUCAAACAACUCAAGGCCAUGGGCUUCGACGAAACGUCUAUUAGGAGGGCCCACGGCGCGCUGCAGGUGGCCGACGCUGGGUUGCUCGCGGAAUGGAUGCUCGAACGACCUGAGAACGAGGUAACAGAAGCGCAGCCGCCGUCGAACUUAUCGAAGCGGCAGGUCUCGGAUAUCCCUUGGGACGACGUCGAAGCAUCCGCUCUGAGAAUACUGGCGCAGUCGCAAAAUUCACCCAUACCAGAACGACUGAAGCACGCCUCGAAGGCCGCCACGGAUACCGUGCGACGGUCCCUAGGGCCGAAUGGCGACGACGCCUGGUGGGACUCGACGCGCAAGGCCGCGGAGAAAGUUUUACAAACACGCUUCGACGCCGGCGCGACGUCUCGCGGGGCCGCGCACGCCGUGUUUUCUCAUCUACGGGAAGUUUUGGACGCAAUCGCCGUCGAAGACCAACCGAUGUCGCCCCUGACCGAUGAUGCGGGUGUCGAGGAGGAAAAGAACGAAGAGUCGCCGGAGCGGCAGCUGGCGUCGCCGGGCGCCUCGCGACGCGUAUCGAUGGCGUCUCCGGUUGUAUCGCCGGCGCCGGCGCCUGCUCCGAGACGACGGGGCACGCUCGGUCUCGACGGGAACACGCCCGUCAAACCGCCGCCGCAAAAACGGAAAUCUUUGGCGGGUCGACUCGCGGCGAUGUUCAAGAGUCCGGCCAAGGAGAAGAAGAAGACGUCCCGGGCGCCCUUGCCCGCCGUGCCGACGCCUCCAUCAAUAAGGGCGGCGCGACGCGCGGGAUUACCACCUCCUCCUCCCAGAGGUGGGUCGGACCGCACGCUGUCGUUGCAACCUUUUAGUCCUUCUGAUUUCGCUCCGAAACGCAUUGUCGGACGAGGCGCGUUCGGCGUUGUGGUCGUAGCCGAACGUAAAAGUGACAGAGGCGCUCGCGAUAGAGUGAGAUACGCUAUAAAAGUCAUCGACAAGGCGUCGUUACGAGGUGCGCGAGCGAGAGCGUUAGCACGCAUCGAGCGAGAUGUGCUCGACUUACUAGCUCACAGACGCGCCCCGUUCGUCGCCAAAUUACGGUGUGCCUUCCAGUCGAUGGAGCGGCUGUACCUAGCCAUGGACUAUUACCCGGCGGGAUCGUUGGAUGCGGUGUUAGCUUCUAGGUCCUUCCGACGAAGUGACGCGAGACAGGCCGCCCAGAAAGUCGGCGCGGAGCUCGCCGCGGCAUUGACGCAGAUCCAUGCGUUCCGCGUCGUGCACCGUGAUGUCAAGCCAAGCAAUGUUUUAGUGGACCAGCGGGGCCAUGUCCGUUUGUCGGACUUUGGCUUGGCUACUAGGUUGCCCGCCGCCGGUUCGCGACAGCAGAAACGGUCCUUCGCCGGCACGGUGCAGUACGCCGCUCCUGAACUACUCCUCAAGCAACACACGACUUUUGGCGCCGAGAUCGACUGCUGGGCCCUCGGGUGUUUACUCUUUGAGUUGCUGUCGGGCAGACCGCCGCAUGAUGCCCCUACAGCAAGGGAGACCUUCGCGUCGAUUGUGGGGAAUAAACAACCAAAUUGGCCGUCCGGGAACGACGUCUCCGAUGUUUCUAUUAUUACUCUCAAAAAAAUGUUAGAAAGGAACCCUGACAAAAGACUACGAGCGGCGGACUGCCACGCGGCGCCCUGGUUCGCUUCACUAAAUUUCUCGGCGUUGGAUGUGGACGCCGGGCCUUUAGCAGCAAUAGCCACGGUCAUCGCCGAGUGCAAUUCCCUGGAGGAGCACGACGGCGAGGAUUUGGACGCCUUGUUCAGAGAUGAUAGAUUAUCAAUGCGCGGGAGCGGGGACGCGUUCGCGGGCUUUGGGCGGCCGGAGUCGGAGUUCUCGCGGCGGCCGCCUGGUAGAUAAGUAUGUAGUACACAA